AUGAGCUACAACCAAGGCCAGCCCCCCCAGCUUGGGGCUACUUUUAUUCCGGGAGGGUUCGAUGACUACUACAUGCCGGCGCCCUCGCCAGAGGUCAUCUCUCCAGCGCCUCAGCGGAUUAUGCCCGAGGUGCCCGAGAACAUGCAAGAAAACAUUGCUCACAUGGAACUAGAAGCCAACGGCCCGCGAAGCGCCAACGCGCCCAUGUCUCCGCCGGCCCAGGCCCUCAACCAGACGUCGCCGCACUUCCCGCCGCGCGCAUCGAGCUACCAGCCCGAGCAGCCGCCGCAGGCCGCAGGGCAAUGGCCCCAGCGACAGGCGAGCAUUUCGUCGACCUUCAAGCAGCCCCCGAGCGUGCAGCCGCAAGCCAUGCAGCAGCAGACGACGCACGACUACCACAGCUUCGCCCAAAGCAGCGAGGCUCCCAACUUCUCCGUCUUCCCAAAGCUCGGCAGCCGGCCGCCCAACGUUCCGCCGUCGGACGAUGAGAAGGAGGCUGUGCUGGAAAAUGCGCGCCUGCCCGUGCUCAAUUCGAACGACCCGGAGAUGCAGCUGGCAUGGGCACAGGACGCGCUGUCAUACGUAGACGUAGCACAGCUCCAUGAGCAGCGGCUCGCUGAGAUCCAAGGCGCGCGCCCGGCUACGCCUGCGGUGGAACAUCAGCUGCGCGUAGAUGCCAUGAACGUGGUCAGCUUCUUAGCGGACCAGCAUCAUCCCAAGGCCGAGUUCAUGCGCGGCAUGUGGCUGGAGUUUGGAAAGUUCGGGCUGCGCGUGGACAAGAAGGAGGCCUUCCGCUGUUAUACGCGCGCGGCGCAGAAAGGAUAUGCUAGGGCCGAGUAUCGGAUGGGCAUGCAGUUCGAGCAGUCAAACGAUCCGAUCAAGGCGCUCCAGCACUACAAGCAAGGCUCGGAGGCUGGAGACUCCGCGUCGAAUUACCGCCUGGGCAUGAUGACACUGCUGGGACAACAUGGACAACCACAAGACUACGCCAAGGGCAUUCAGCUGAUCCGGCAAGCGGCAGCCACGGCCGACGAGAAUGCUCCCCAGGGUGCUUACGUUAUGGGUAUGCUGCAGGCCCGGGAACUUCCCCAGAUCAACGUGCCAGAAGUCUUCCUCGCGUACGACGAGAAAGGUGCAAGGCAGAACAUCGAGAAGGCAGCGUACCUUGGAUUUGCAAAGGCUCAGCUUAAGAUGGGUUCCGCCUACGAGCUUUGCAGUCUGGGCUGCGACUUCAAUCCGACGUUAUCCCUACACUACAACGCGCUAGCAUCUCGCCAAGGAGAACCUGAGGCAGACAUGGCCAUCAGCAAAUGGUUCCUCUGCGGUUAUGAGGGAGAGUUUGCGAAGAACGAGGAGCUAGCAUACCAGUACGCGCAACGCGCCGCCGCUGCGGGACUGGCCACGGCAGAAUUCGCCAUGGGAUACUUUAAUGAAAUUGGCAUGAACGUGCCGGUCAACAUCGACAAAGCGUUAGAAUGGUAUGAUAAAGCGGCCAGAAAUGGUAACAAGGAUGCAGCCGCCCGAAUUGAAAGUAUUUCGAAGUCUCGAACGCUCUCGAAGAAGGAUCACGAGAACAUUGCGAUCAACAAAAUUAAAUCUCAACACGGUUCCAUGCGCGGGCAGCGCCCGGCGAGGUUACAGAAGAUGCAAGCACCACCCUUGCCAUCCAUCCAAGACAGCAGUCCUUCUGACUACGGAGAUUCGCCUUCAACGGCCUCCCCCGGCGGUGCUCGACUACCGGACCGCAAUGCUACUACCACUCCUUAUCCCUUAUCCGACAAGCCCCCCGUCGUUACGACGUCUGCACCUACAUCACAGCCCUACGAUCGACCUGCCACAGCUACACCAUAUCCUGUAGAUAAUGGUCCGCCGCGGUUGGGCCCUCAAGGUCCAAACCUGGCAGGAGGAUUUGCCCCAGAACUACGGUCUGCAACUGCUCGGCCUGUAUCGCAGGCAUUCAACAUCAAUCCGAACCUGUACAGUCCCAAUAACGGAUACGGUGGUGGCCGUCCUCCGCCUCAAGGACCAAAUAUGGGUCCUCUGCCGCUCCGUCCACACACUAGCAUUGAUAAUAUGGGCCGCGGAAGGGGACGCGUCCCAAGCGGAGGACCUCCCCCACCCGGUCCAGGCGCAUAUAGGCAGCCUGGAGGACCAAGCGCUGAACGACCGGACGCAUACGACCGACCAGCAACAACACAGCCUGUUGAUAUCGGCUUCAGCGCGCCUGAGGGACGUAACAGGCUUCAAAAGCCUGGGUUGCCGCUUAAGAAGCAAGGGACUCUUCCUGAUAUUGGGUACGUUGCUCCUCUAGAGCCGCGACAACACACACGCCCAUCUACAGUGCAGCCGGGUCAGGAGAGCAGGACAUCGGCUAGACCGGACAGACCAUCGACCACCGCGCCAGGGCCCCGACCCGGAGGAGGACCUUCUUCUCGGCCAGGCUCUGCCGGGCGGCCUUCAGCACAUAGCCCAAAGCCGCAAGGGUUGCCACAAGGACCUAAGCCGCCAGGGAAAUCGGCAACACCUGUACAGCAGCAGCCUGUAAAGCCGUCGAAUCCAGCGCAAGCAGCGAAACCGGCGCCUGCGAAGCCUGCAGCACCACCAGGCAAGGGCCCCAAGACUUUCGACGAGAUGGGUAUUGGGCAAGCGCCGAAGGAUAGCGACUGUGUUGUCAUGUAA